AUGCUUGAUUUAGGAUUAGUUUACAAUUUCUCUUUCUUUCUUUCUUUUCUUUUCUUUUCUUUUUUUUGUUAUUGUUUCUGUUUACCGUGUUUUCGAAAUAAUUUAUUUCUUUCGUUCUUUUCUUUUACACUUUUCUUUCUUUCUUUUUCUUCCCUUCUUUCUUUCUUUCUUUUCUUCCUUUCUUUCUUUCUUUUCUUCCUUCCUUUCUUUCUUUCUUUUUCUUCCCUUCUUUCUUUCUUUUUCUUCCUUUCUUUCUUUCUUUUUCUUCCCUUCCUUCUUUCUUUCUUUUUCUUCCCUUCUUUCUUUCUUUUUCUUCCUUUCUUUCUUUCUUUUCUUCCCUUCUUUCUUUCUUUUUCUUCCCUUCUUUCUUUCUUUUCUUCCUUUCUUUCUUUCUUUUUCUUCCUUUCUUUCUUUCUUUUUCUUCCCUUCCUUCUUUCUUUCUUUUUCUUCCUUUCUUUCUUUCUUUUUCUUCCCUUCUUUCUUUCUUUUUCUUCCCUUCUUUCUUUCUUUUUCUUCCCUUCUUUCUUUCCUUUUCUAUUCUCAUUCUUUUUCCCUUCUUCUUUCAAGUUAUUUCCUUUUAUUUUCUUCAAUUUCUUUCUUUCUCUUCUCACUUCAUUCUUUCUUUUUCUCUUUCUGUAUUUCUUUUUUACCCCUAUUCCUUUUCUCUCAUUUCUUUCUUUUUUCUUUCUUUCUAUUCUCAUUCUUUUUUUCUUUCUUUUUUCCUUGCCUUUUUUGCUUUUUUUUAUUAUUCCCAUUUGUUUGCUUGUUUUCUCUUUCCUUUCUUUUCUUUCUUUUUUUUUUCUUCUUUUCUUUUUUUUCUUUCUUUUUAUUGUUCUAUUUUUUGCUUUCUUUUUGUUAUUCCCAUUUGUUUGCUUGUUUCCUUUCCUUUUCUUUUUCUUUCUUUUUUCCUUUUUUUCUUUCUUUUCUUUCUUUAUUUUCUUUAUUGUUUUUUUUUUUUCUUUUUUAUUAUUCCCAUUUGUUUGCUUGUUUCUCUCUUUCCUUUCUUUCUUUUUUUUUUUUCUUUCUUUCUUUCUUUCUUUCUUUUUAUUAUUUCCUAGUUUUUGCUUUUUUUUUAUUAUUCCCAUUUGUUUGCUUGUUUCUCUCUUUCCUUCUUUCUUUGUUUUUUUUCUUUCUUUCUUUCUUUUUCUUUCUUUCUUUCUUUCUUUCUUUAUUGUUCCUAGUUUUUGCUUUCUUUUUGAUUAUUCCCAUUUGUUUGCUUGUUUCUCUCUUUCCUUCUUUCUUUCUUUUUUUUUUUUCUUUCUUUCUUUCUUUCUUUCUUUCUUUCUUUAUUGUUCCUAG